UGAUAGAGGAAAGUUAGCUUAAUAUUCUUUGAACUAUUGUCCGAUCGAUGCAAUUCCAUAAAAAGACGUACAAGUUAAGCCAACUUACUCGGUUUUGGCUUCUCUAUAUCUCUGCUCCGGAUUGUACUGAAGAUUAAUGGGUGGUGCCUUUCUUGUAUUUGUAAAGCUUUCAACUUAUCUUCAUGGUUGUUCAGUCUGGAGUUUGAACGUGGAGGAUCUUCCUUAAAGUCUGUGAGGUUCUUGUCUUGGCUGGUCAGUGUAUCUAUAGAUUAUCCUCUUCCAAGGCACAGAUAAGGAGUGGAGAUGGAUCUCUGGAUUGCAUUCUGCGGGAAUUGUUCGGAGGAAGACAAUAAUACAUGCAAUUACGCUAUUCUAUCCAUGUUCCUGCCCUAUACAUGCAUCAACCAGUUUUUGGUCGUUUCUGUUGAUCUCCUUCUCCUGCUCAGCUUCUUGUAUGUCAUCAUUUCUAGAUCAUUCUCAAGGAACAAAAUAGCACCCUCAAAUUCUAAACACUUUUCUCCAAUACUGAUAUGCUCAGCCAUUUGUAAUGGUGGUCUGAGUUUGGCUUACCUGGGCUUGGGGAUCUGGACAAUUGUUGACAAGCUGAAUGCAAAGAAAGCCAUUUUACCUUUACAUGGAUGGCUAGAACUGCUAUUCCAAGGAUUCACAUGGAUGCUGAUUAAUUGUAUUGUGAUUACUGAGAAGCCACGCCUUCCACGUAUCACAACAGUGAAGCUUUGUUCUAUUGUCACCUUCUUGUUUGCAGGAUUCCUCUGCUUUUCAUCUUUUUGGAUCGCUAUUGUGGACAAAACGGCAUCUAUUAAGGGGGUUUUGGAUAUUCUAUCAUUUCCUGGAGCAACCCUUUUGCUCUUGUUCUCAUUUCAGGAAUCCAAGUAUGUGGAAACUGAUCCAGACAUCUGUCACGAUGCGUUGUACAAACCUUUGCAAGGUGAAGAAGCCAUCGCCACGACGGAAAAUUCUUCAAAUGAUAACGUCACUCCUUUUGCCAAAGCUAGAUUUCUUAGUAAAAUGUCAUUUUGGUGGUUGAAUCGCUUAAUGAAGCAGGGCAAAGAUAAAAUCCUUAAGGAGAUUGACAUUCCAAAGUUACGGCAGGAAGAUCGAGCACAAACAUUAUACUUAAUGUUGGAAGGACAACCGAGCAAGCAAAAACAUGAGGGAAAAAAUUAUUCUCGUUCCAUGGUAUCGGAAAUUUUUUUCUGCCAGAGAAAAGCUAUUUUAAUCUCUGGGUUAUAUGCAUUGAUCAAGGUCCUUACGGUUUCCAGUGGUCCUCUGUUCCUCAAAGCCUUCAUUGACGUUGCUGAAAGAAAAACAGACUUUAAAUACGAGGGUUAUGUUCUGGCCGGAGUGCUCUUCAUAGCUAAGUGUUUGGAGUCAUUAUCAGAAAGGCAGUGGUUCUUUCAAACUAGGGUGAUUGGGCUUCAAGUAAGAUCUUUCCUAUCUGCAGCUAUAUAUCAGAAGCAACUAAGACUCUCAAAUGCUGCUAAGGUGGCUCAUUCUCCUGGUGAGAUAAUGAACUAUGUCACAGUAGAUGCCUAUAGAAUAGGGGAAUUCCCUUACUGGUUUCAUCAAAUAUGGUCAACAAGCCUCCAACUGUGUCUUGCAUUAGUUAUUGUGUAUUAUUCUGUUGGGCUGGCAACUGUUGCAGCUCUAGUUGUAGUCAUUUUGACUGUGCUUGCAACUUCCCCAGUAGCCAAAUUGCAGCAUAAAUAUCAGACAAAGCUCAUGGUGGCACAAGAUAAGAGAUUGAAGUCCAUUACAGAGGCUCUUGCAAAUAUGAAGGUCUUGAAGUUGUAUGCUUGGGAGAAACAUUUUAACGAUGUCAUACAAGGGUUAAGGAAAGAAGAAUUAGAGUGGAUAUUCGCAGUUCUAUUACAGAAAGGGUACUAUCUGAUUUUGUUUUGGUCAUCCCCCAUUUUAGUAUCGGUUGCCACAUUCUGGGCAUGCUACUUCUUUGAAGUUCCAUUAUCUGCUAGCAAUGUGUUCACAUUCCUAGCAAGUCUGCGCAUUGUUCAGGAGCCUGUCAGGAUGAUCCCUGAUGUUGCUGGAGUGUUCAUUGAAGCAAAGGUCUCUUGGACACGGAUUGUGAAAUUCCUUGAGGCACCAGAGUUGCAGAACAGAAAUGAAUGGCAAAAGUGUAAAGACAAAGAUGUUGAGCAGUCCCUUUUAAUCAAGGCCAGUGAAAUAUCAUGGGAGACUAAUUCAGCAAAGGCCACGCUGAGAAACAUAGAUUUGGUGGCUAAACCAGGAGAAAAGGUAGCUAUUUGUGGAGAGGUUGGCUCUGGCAAAUCAACUCUUUUAGCUGCAAUUCUAGGAGAAGUUCCAAACAUCAGGGGCACAGUUUCUGUUUAUGGAAAGAUAGCAUAUGUUUCUCAAACAGCGUGGAUCCAAACAGGAUCUAUUAGAGAAAAUAUUCUUUUUGGGUCCCCCAUGGAUCCACAUAGAUAUCAAGAAGUACUUAGACAGUGCUCCCUUAUCAAGGACCUUGAGAUGCUUCCAGUUGGGGAUCUCACGGAAAUAGGAGAAAGAGGAGUUACACUAAGUGGCGGUCAAAAGCAGCGGGUUCAGCUUGCCCGUGCGCUCUAUCAGGAUGCAGAUGUUUAUCUCUUGGAUGAUCCGUUUAGUGCUGUUGAUGCACAUACAGCAACCAGUCUGUUUAAGGAAUAUGUCAUGGAAGCUCUGUCAGGGAAGACAGUCCUGCUGGUGACCCACCAAGUCGACUUCCUUCCUGCAUUUAAUUCAAUUCUGUUUAUAUCUGGAGGAGUUGUUCCAAGUGUUUCCACAUAUGAUCAGUUGCUAGCUUCAAGUCAAGAAUUUCAAAACUUUGUCAAUGCACACAAUGAGACAGUAGGUUCCCAGAGGCAGGCCAAGUCUGCUACUUCACAACAGUCUAAAACCUCUAAAGGUGAUGAAAUUCAGAACAAGUACGAGGAAAAGUUAGUAUCAGCUCCAGGAGAUCAAUUGAUUAAGCAAGAAGAAAGAGAAUCCGGAAACACGGGUCUAAAGCCUUACCUACAGUAUCUGAGUCAGAACAAGGGCUUUCUCUACUUCUUAUUGGCAACUAUAUGCCAUUUCAUAUUCAUUGUUGGGCAGUUGAUACAAAACUAUUGGUUGGCCUCUGACAUCCAAGAUUCAAAUGUAAGCACAGUGAAAUUGAUUGCAGUUUACUCAGGGAUUGGAGCUAUCCUGGUUUUGUUUUUACUUCUCAGAGCCCUUUCCGUCGUAGGUUUAGGUUUUGGGGCAUCACUAUCUAUUUUUUCUACACUUUUGAGCUCUCUUUUCCGGGCACCCAUGACUUUCUAUGACUCCACGCCUUUGGGAAGGAUACUCAGUCGGGUAUCUUCUGAUAUGAGUGUGGUCGACAUUGAUUUGGCUUACAAAUUAAGCAUUGCCCUUGUUGCAACUAUGACUGCAUACUCCACCUAUGUAAUACUGGCCAUUGUAACCUGGCCAGUCUUGUUUGUCAUAAUACCCAUAGUUUAUCUGACUAUUCUAUUACAGAGAUACUACCUUGUUUCUGCAAAAGAGCUGAUGCGAACUGAUGGCAUAACCAAGUCUUUGCUUGCAAGUCACCUUGCCGAAUCAAUUGCCGGAGCCAUGACAAUCAGAGCUUUUGGGGAACAAGAACGAUUCUUUUCAAAGAAUCUGGAUCUUAUAGACACAAACGCAAGUGCUAACUUUCAUGGUUUCUCAGCCAACGAGUGGUUGAUCCAACGGCUGGAAAUCAUAUGCGCAAUUGUUCUCUCAUCCUUAGCACUUGCCAUAAGUUUGCUUCAUUUUGGAGCUUCUGCAUCUGGAUUCAUUGGAAUGGCACUGUCAUAUGGUCUUUCUUUAAAUGUACACGUUAUUGCUUCUGUCCAAAGCUGGUGUUUGCUCGAAAACUUAAUUGUUUCUGUAGAAAGGUUAGAACAGUACAUGCAUAUUCCUAGUGAAGCUGCAGAAGUGAUGGAAGGUCGUCGACCUACGCAUAAUUGGCCUCUCAUUGGCAAACUGGAGAUACGUGAUUUGAAGGUUAGAUAUCGGCCCAAUGCUCCGCUAGUUCUUCGGGGGAUAAGUUGUAUAUUUGAAGGAGGUCACAAAAUCGGGAUUGUUGGCCGGACCGGCAGCGGAAAGACAACUCUGAUCAGUGCAUUGUUUCGUCUGGUGGAGCCUACAGAGGGAAGGAUCAUCAUUGAUGAGAUUGACAUAUCUACAAUUGGGCUUCAUGAUCUAAGAUCUCGUUUAGGAAUUAUACCCCAAGAUCCAACACUCUUUGCUGGGUCGGUCAGAUACAAUCUAGACCCCUUGUCAGCCCACACUGAUCAGGAAAUAUGGGAGGUUCUAGAGAAAUGUCAACUUCGAGAGGCCAUUCGAGAAAAAGAAGAGGGCUUGGAUUCCUUUGUAAUACAAGAUGGAUCGAACUGGAGCAUGGGACAGAGACAACUGUUUUGUUUGGGACGCGCAUUGCUGAAGAAAAGCCGGAUCUUAGUGCUCGACGAAGCCACUGCAUCAAUCGACACUGCAACCGAUUCCAUCCUCCAGAAAACCAUUCGAAAAGAAUUCGCUCACUGCACUGUAAUAACAGUUGCUCAUCGAAUCCCCACUGUGAUGGACUGCAAUAUGGUGCUGGCUAUCAGAGAUGGUAAAAUAGUAGAAUAUGAUGAUCCGCUGAAGCUGAUGAACAAGGACGACUCGCUGUUUGGGCAGCUUGUCAAGGAAUACUGGUCUCAUUCUGCAAAUGCCAGCAUGUUCUCGGAAGAUCUGUAGUGAAAGCUAAUUAGCAUUGGGAUUAAAUUAUGCAAAUGCAAAGUCAUAAUUUGCGUAAUAUCACAUGACUUUACAUCUAGCUAUUCAUUCAAAACCAAAUCCCAGAUU